AGCGGCUGCCUCUUCAUACAGGUAGGAGCCGGGACCAGGCUGUCUGUUCAGGUUCAGGGGCUGGGCUUACCCUUGGGCACGAACUCGUUAGGGCUAUUCACCAGGCACUUCAGUAUGUGGAAUCCAUGUAGAAAUUUGUUAUGGUAGAUCAAAACCUUAAGCCUGGAAUGUUCUACGUAUGCCUACGUGUUUAGCUCAUCCUCGGGCAAAUCAUUUGCAUUCAGAGGAGGGUCCUGCGCUGUGGAAGGUAAUAGAAAGGGAAAGGUCCGAGAAAAGCCAGGGGCCUAAAGCUGUCAAGCAAGAGACAAAUAAAAAACCAGAGAGGAGUUACUCAAAGGAUGCAGCACCCAGGGAACCCCAGCCAUGAGUCAGCACAGGGGAGGCCCAGCCCCUUCUAGGGGAGCCUGAUUGAGGAUCAGGCUCAGCUGCUGGGCUGGGCAGUGCGUGCUGCUGCUUCUCGUCCCAAGACUAAGUCUUAAUAGCAACUUCCCUUCCUCGGCUGCUUAGACUUUUUUUCACCCCUGUGGCUGGAAAGAAGUGUCACAUUUUACUCUUAGCUCUCUCCCCCCACCCCCUCCCAGAGAGCAUUUGCCCAUGGGGGGCGGGGGGACGCGGCACUGUGAGCUCCCUCCAGCCUCGGGUGACUGCUGUAAGUAACUUUCAGCUCCUCUCCUUGUAACACCAUGACGUUCCUCCGGAAGCCUAGGAGCCGGACAGCUGCUUUUCUGCCUCUCUCCCUGCUCUUUUUGAAGAUUCUGCAACCAGGGCACAGCCACCUUUAUAGCAACCGCUACGCUGGUGAUAAGGUGAUCAGACUUAUUCCCAGUACAGAAGAAGAAGCAAAUGCACUGAAGAAAAUGUGCCACCAACUUAAGGUGGACCUGUGGCAGCCCAGCAGUAUCUUCCAUGUAUCAAAAGGAGCAGUUACUGAUGUUCAUAUUCCCAAAAAUGGUUCCCAAGUCCUGUUAGCCUUCUUACAGGAAGCCAACAUCCAGUACAAGAUCCUCAUAGAAGAUCUUCAGAAAACACUGGAAAAGGCAAGCAGUUUGCGAACCCAGAGAAAUCGAAGAUACCUUUCUGGAUAUAAUUAUGAAGUUUAUCACUCCUUAGAAGAAAUUCAAAAUUGGAUGCAUCAUCUGAAUAAAACUCAUUCAAGCCUCAUUCACGUGUUCUCUAUUGGAAAAUCAUAUGAGGGAAGGUCUCUUUUUGUUUUAAAGCUGGGCAGAAGAUCACGAACUUACAAAAGAGCUGUCUGGAUAGACUGUGGUAUUCAUGCAAGAGAAUGGAUUGGUCCUGCCUUUUGUCAGUGGUUUGUAAAAGAAGCUCUUCUAACAUAUAGGAGUGACCCAAUCAUGAGAAAAAUGUUGAAUCAUCUGUAUUUCUAUAUCAUGCCUGUAUUUAACGUUGAUGGAUACCACUUUAGCUGGACCAGUGAUCGAUUUUGGAGAAAAACAAGGUCAAGGAACUCAAGGUUUCGCUGCCGUGGAGUUGAUGCCAAUCGUAACUGGAAAGUGAAAUGGUGCGAUGAAGGAGCUUCUAUGCACCCUUGCGAUGAUACCUACUGUGGACCUUUCCCAGAAUCUGAGCCGGAAGUGAAAGCUGUAGCCACCUUCCUCCGAAAACACAGGAAGCACAUUAGGGCUUACCUCUCCUUUCAUGCAUAUGCUCAGAUGUUGCUAUAUCCCUAUUCUUACAAAUAUGCAACAAUCCCCAAUUUCAGCUGUGUGGAAUCUGCAGCUUAUAAAGCUGUGAAUGCACUUCGGUCGGUAUAUGGGGUACAAUAUAGAUAUGGACCUGCCUCCAGCACAUUGUAUAUCCUGGGGGUGGGGCUGAGCUCCUGCUGUAAAUGGACUCUUGUUAAAUGGAAGAGACGAUCUCGUCCCUCACUCCCUGACAUCACCGUGACCUGUGAGGCCACACUGACAUUUCAGCAAUACAGGUUUGUGCUCUAAGCAGCGCCAUUCACCUUAUAUCCUGGCUUCAGGGCUCCAACUGUGUGGAAAGUGAAAAACAAACAACCCAGCCAGAUGUUUUGCCAAAACAUUCCAAAAUUUGCAAUGGCUUGAGAGAACAUUGUACAUUUUAUUCCAUCUUAAUCUAUUUUCCUUAAUUUUAUCCUGCUUUUGAAAGUGGGAAACUAGCCCCAUGGAAAUACCAUUAAAGCAACAUGUGUGGAGAGGAAAGAUGAGUGUCCUAACAUUUGAAGGAAAGGAUAAUGUAUAUCCUCCUAAUUUUGUCAGCCAAGUUGUACUGUCUUACUGUGCCUCAAACCAGAAUGCUUGAUCUGUGUCUUGGGGCUCUGGGGAGGAGGGUAGCUAAUCCCCAGGAGCUUUACCCAUGUGGUCAGUGCUGCUCCUGCUGCUCACACAGAAGAGAGGGGAAUGUGGAAAUGACCAAGGAUUCCCACCUGCCCUUUUUACCAGAAUAGCAUGGUGCCUUCUACUUUCAAGUUUCUUGUGCCAAUUAUAACUCCCUCCACCAAUACCUUCAUGAUAGCUCAGGGACCAGGAAAAAUGAAACUGUGUUGAACCAUUAGCCUUUAAUAAUUAGAGAACUCUGAAUUCAGCAGUGGAUGAAAGGGAGGAAAUGUGCUGAAAAACAAAAACAACUCAGUUGGAAAAAUCAACUGUCUCAACCUUCCCCUUCCCAUUCCACCCUCCCUGUUCUGUAGGGCAGGGUCCUUUGCCUCAGGCUCCAAACUCUUCUCACCCAUGAAGGUUCCCACUGACCGCUCCUUCAGGGAAUAUGGCUAGGAAUCCAGAUUGUCAAGGAUGUGUGUUUUGAUGCGUUCUGUGCUACAAGCUGAUCUAGUGGUAUGAAUGCCAUUGAAAUCCUCCCCCCCGUGCCAUCUUGUGUACCUGGAUAAUAAGAUGAGGACCACUGACAAAGCCAUCCUCACAGGGACCCCGUC